AUGGGCAGACUUAUUAAGAACCACUGGGCUCGACUUAUCGUCCUCAGCGCUUCAGCUUACCAGGUUGCUGCUGCGAUCGAGAGCUUUUUCUGGCCCAAGAUCUUCUGGGACUUCAUCACGCUGUCCUUAGAUGCUGCGGUGAAACCCAUCCCGAUUUUGCAAGUAAUAAAUCUUGUGUUGGGUAUCGUGAUGUUCGCUUUCGAGUGGCCUCUUCCCCUCCUCGCGGGAACGUCUCUUCACCGAAGCCUCGAAUGUCGCCUGGCGACCAUGCCCCUGGCCGCUUUGGCUGCCGCCCUCAUCUACCAGGGAACCAACGCUGCCCUCUACUACGUUAUUGGCAUUUUGGUGUACUUCUGGGCUUACAGCGAAGGAGAGAUUAUUUGCGCGAAACCUUGGACCCUUCCCCAGCGUGGACGAGGCGGUGCGAGGGCGUAG